AUGCUCUCUAGGGUCAUACCAGGCUUUCAAAACGGUGCUGUCAUUUUCGCUUCGCCGGAUUUCACUUCCUGGCUCCAGGACAAGGAGUUCAUGGCGAGCUUCCUCAAACGACUCUAUUCGCCUCAGAAGCUCGAUGAGAAAGAUGACCUGUUUACGCUCGAUGUAAUAUCAGGUGUUGCAGACGGUCUUAGCCCCUCCAAGCUUCUGGGCAAGCCCGAAAGCGGCUUCUCCGUUCUCUAUGGCUCCCAGGUAUCGUUACCAGAUAUUUUCGAGACCGAUACAGUCGCCUCCAGAGGCCCUGAUCUGGCGUCUUCCAUCUCGUUAGUUCUGAAGUCUGAUAAGAAAGCCGAGCCCCGUCACGAGAUCACAAUGCCGCUUGCCAACACCGUCUUCCAGAACGGCCAGCGGUCUACCUUGUUUGCGACCCGCUGGUUCUGGCACAGUGGCCUCCGCAAGUCCCCCGUGCUAUCUAAGAUUGUUGAGAAGCAGCACCAACGGAUACUAGCCAAACUAGAGAUGGCGCAGGCGACCUACAUUCCGCUGUUACCAUUGACGCCUCCGCGGAAAAUUGUCGCCGGCCUGGGAAAUAUCGUGACGAAGGUGAAUGUCCAAGGCGUGGUCACAACCGCAUCUCAGGAAUUGGAGCAUUUGAUCCCCCAGCUCCUCGACAUCAGAUCAAAAUCGGAUGCCGCUUGGACACCCGGUCCCAUAGGCGUCUGGGCCUGGGUCAUACCAGCUCGUGUCUUGGAGUCGGAAAAGAAUCUGUUAUUCAAUCUGCGAGUCUUUCAAGACCAUGCAAGCGAGCCGGAAGAGAAACUAACUCAAGAAGCUACAAGAGGAUACCGGAAGCUGUUGUCUUUGGGAUGUCGUCUCCACAAAAUCCUCAGUGGCGGCGGCGGCUGGGGCGCGAAGGCAGGCCUCCUCUCCCUCGACUCAGAAACAGACUACUUGGCACCCGAACAGGAAAGCAUCGACGACUUCAUCAAGGCCUUCGAGGAGCGUGGGUAUCCCGACCACGAGCAGUCGGGCGGUGUCGUCACGCCCGGGUCGUACAUUUGGUUUUGUGCCGAGCCGGCGAGGAAGACACUGGACACGGGCGUUAUUCAGGCGAAAAACGAGGACCUCAAGUCGACGUUUACGUUUGGCGUUGCGCCGAGCGGUGAGGUUGAACAGGGUGAGGACAAGCCGCCUGUUCAUAUUAGUGGACGCAAGUUUGGGGCUAUUUCGGCGGUGGGCGUUUAUUUGAAGAGUGGGCAGGUGGGUACGAAGAUUGAUGUUCCGGGGGCGCUGGUCAUGAACGGGGUUGAGUGA